GAUAAAAUGCAAUAGAGAUGACUUAUGCGUAUAUAAACGAAUGAAGCCUAAUUAUAAAAAGAACGUUACUUUAUUGUAUUACUAAAACUACUUCGUAAUAAUUCGAAUUUAUAUUACACCGAUUUUAAGAAAGACUUACUAUUGCAUUUAGUCGGAUCUACACGUUUCUGUUCGUAAGACGUAACGAUAGGAGGCCUCGUUUAUCUUAGCAGAAAAAAAAAACAAAAUAAGAAAUAAAAGAAAAAUGGAGUUGCAGUUGUUAAAGAGUAAAUUUCGAGGGUCGAUGUUAGGCGUUUUGAUGGGCGAUUGUCUCGGUAGUCCUUACGAAAAUGAGGAAUUAUUAUCGAGUGGAAUGAGAAACGUUUUACAAAAAUCUUUUGAUAAAUUAGAAGGAAGCAUCUUUAAAGCACCAGUUAUGCAAUAUACGGAUGAUUCAGCAAUGUCACAAAGCGUAGCUGAAUCUUUAAUUGAAAAAGGCGACUUAGACCUCGUUGAUUUAGCAAAAAGGUUUGUGAAAAGCUAUUAUCAGGAACCAAAUCGUGGUUAUGGGGCUGGUGUUGUAACCGUGUUCCAAAAAUUACGCGGUAAUAAAUUCCAAGAUGUUUUACUUCCAGCAAGGGAACAAUUUAAUGGACAAGGUUCUUGGGGUAAUGGCGGUGCGAUGCGCGUUGCGCCUAUCGCGUUAUUCUCUUAUAAAGAUAGCGAAAAACUUAUAGAUAAAACGAGGAGAGCAACAGAAAUUACUCACACUCACAAAAUUGGCGUCGAUGGUGCUAUUUUGCAGGCACUUGCUAUUCAACAAUGUCUUCAAUUAGAUCCUUCCAACGAAUUAAACGUUCCGAAUUUUAUUAAUGAACUUAUCGACAAAAUGAAGAAAAUAGAGAAAGACGAAGAAGGUUUAGACUUAGUUGAACCACAACCUUACAAGCUGAAAUUAGAUAUAUUACAACAAUUAAUCGCCGCAGAGAAAGACGUUACGAACGAAGAAGUAGUUCGACAACUUGGUAAUGGUAUAGCAGCUCUUUAUUCUGUACCUACAGCAAUAUUCUGUUUCUUAAGAGCACAACAACCUAUCAAUGGUAUAGAAACUGAAAAUCCACUUAGGAGAGCUGUACAAUAUGCUAUAACUUUAGGUGGAGAUACAGAUACUAUUGGUAGUAUGACAGGUGCUUUGGCAGGUGCUUUUUAUGGAGAAGAUAAAUUUAGUAACAAUCUUCUGGAACAUUGCGAAGCGUCGAAGAAAUUUGCGUAUCUUGGUGAAAAACUUUAUAACAUAGUAUGUGUUAUGUAAAUAAUGGACAACUAAUUGAUUUUUUACUUGUAAUAUUCAAUGUAAAACUACGUUGAAUAAAUAUCAUUAACAUGAA